AUUUUAUUUUAUUUUUUGUGUGUGAUAAGAGUUUUGAUGAUCGACUUUGAUUUUAUCGAUACACGAUUGCGAUUUUUUUGAUAAUUUUUUUCGAUUCUGUUUGGUCGCCGAGAAAACUGAGGGUUUUUUUUCCUCUCGUUUUUUAGUUCGUAAGAAAGAAAAGAAAGCUCAAUUUAGCUCAGCAGAAUUUUUUUCACUCUUUUUUGGGUUUUGGGAAAAUUGACAGAUUAAUUUUCUGUUCCUUUUUCUAUUUACCUCUGGUUUCUCAGCAUCCAAUCAGAUUAUACUGAGUGAAAUGGUUGAAUUAUUGUACUUUGAUGUGGAUUAUAGUCUUAUAGAUUGAAGUUGGGGAUUUUAUGAUUAUGUACUUGUUGAUGUGUUGUUUGGAGAGAUUGUGUUUGGCUUUGAUUCUCAUCUGCUGAAAUUGGAGAGAAAAUGAGUUCUUCUCGAUUGCAUUGUUGUUAAACUUUUAGUGUUUUGGAGUGUUAUUUGGAAUUAGUUGUGGGUUUCCUGUUAAAAUAUUUUCUGUUAAAAUCAAAGAUCAAUGCCUAAAGCCUAGCUAGAUUUUGAAGUUUCCUGAGUAGCAUGUGUAUUUUCUGGGUUUUUUUCUCUCAAGUUGGAUGUAAAGAUGUGAUGAUCGGUUUGGUUGCUGAGAAAAUGGAGGAAAAGAAAAGGAAGGAAAAGAAAUUAUAUCCUAGUCGUGGCAUUUCCAUUAUUUUGGAACCAUGGAAAGAAAAACACACAAUUAAGAUUCUGUGUGGUGGUUUGCUACAAUCAACAUGAACCUCACUUCUAUUGUUGCUUGCUGGUGUGAAGGAGAGAUGGGUUAUCCUUGCUGUGCGGUUUGGAUUCCCGGUUAAUGGUUGAGUUUCUCUUGAGGAUCUCAUGAGAGUGCUGUAGUUGAAGCCAUGACGCAGUAGGUAGAUUGCUAGUAAUAGGCAUUAUAAUAUAUAUAUGGAUUUGUAAUCCUGGGAAUUUCUACUUUCUUGGUGAAGUUGGGGUGGGAGUUAGGGAUUGUGAGGUUUUAAUAAUCUUUGAUGGCAGUGAUGGGAUUGAGCAACUUGAAUUUCAUUUGUUCAUUAGGAAAUUGAGACAGGGUCGAUCUUUGUGUAAGAGUGUACUUAUUAGGGGGCAAAGAAUAGAAGUUUGAAACAUUGGAUAAAUAAACUGAAAAAAGGACCCUCUUGAAGACUUAGGACAAUAACAUAUUCGACCCUAAAUAUGGGCUUGCCUCAAGUGUCCUCCAGUGCGGUCGCUGAGGAAGUGACCACAUCAUUGAGCACAUUUGUGCAAACUCCAUCUCGAUUUGUUGGUGUGAGCAGCUGUGAUUUAAGUGGAUUGCAUGGGGGAAACCCAGGCAAUCGAAUGGCAAUGGAAUUGCCAUGCUCUUCUUUAGGAGAUUUCCAAAGGAAAACCAUCCUGGAGCUUCCGCAGGACCCAGGUGGCCUGGAUACUCACAAUGAGGGUACAUCCAACUUACACAGGUUGAAGAUUGGCUCUACAGAGAAAAAUGGCUUGUUCACUCGUAAAAGUUCUCGGAAUAUUCAGAGUCCUGUUUCAAGAAUUGUGGGUUUUGAAUCAAGGGCUCUCAGUUCUCCUGCUAAUAUCUUUGAGGGGAAUCAACCCUCAUCUGUUGUUGCUUGUAUCACCGGCGAUGCAACUGAUGCCAGUGGGUUGCAAGUGAGGAAGCGGUUAUUGUCACCUUUGAGUGGCAUGCUUCUCCCAGAUCAAUUUGAUGGUGAUGCCCAUGACACUCGUCACCUUAUUCAUCAGACUGCUCCCCAGGGAUGUAGUGACAAUUAUAAUGUUUCUGAGUCACAAGAUCAUAAAAAAGCUAAUAUCGAGAGCUCCAAUUAUUUCAGUCCUCCAAUCUGGUCUGCACCUGGUUCCCCAGAGUGGCAGAAUUCUCCUGAUGAUACCUAUGGGGCAAAUUCCAUUUUUCUCACUGAUGGCCCUUUGCUUGGGAAGAAGGACCUACUGUCUCAUAAUCCCGUUUUAUCUUCACCUGGACUUAUCUACUUUGGAGAAACAGCUGAGUUGGGGUCCCACUCUGAAGCAAUAGCUAUAUCUUCAAUAAAGGUGCUCUCCCCUCCACUAUCUUUAUCUCCUCUUGGUCCAAAAUUCCCUGAAAGAAUAAAAGCUGCUGGAAGAUGCAAGGAUAAUAGGGAAGAAUUAGAUGAUGACUAUUUGACCUUAAAGGAUGUGGAACAGUCGCUUGAUAGAACUGUCUCAGGCCUUUUAUCUUCCCAGAAGGAAGAGUACUUCGGGUUGUCAAGCAAAUCAUUUGAAGAUAUUGAUCUUCUCCAGAAAAAAUUAAACCUGUUUACACCUGAGAUUAUCUCGAGCAUGGGUGAGCAUUGUGGGCAUGAUUCAACCAUUAAUCCACAUUGUAUCAAGUAUGUCAGAAUUUUGAGUGGAUUGCAUGUUAGAAGGUCCUUAGUUGGUUCAUUUGAGGAGUCCCUGUUGUCUGGCCGGUUAUCAUCUGGGAAAGUCAGUCAGAAAAUCGAUGGUUUCCUUGCUGUUCUUAAUGUCACUGGAGGGAAUUUCUCACCCAAACCUAAGAAGCUUCCUUUUGCAGUAACUAGUGUGGAUGGGGAUAACUACUUACUGUACUAUUCAUCAAUAGAUCUUGCUGGGAAUUUUCCAUCAGACAAGUACAGAGGCCCAAAAAUGAAGAGGAGCCUUAGCAUUAAUGACUCACGAGCAGAAAAGAACCGCCUGCGUAUACCAAUGAAAGGGCGGAUACAACUGGUACUUAGCAAUCCAGAAAAGACGCCUAUUCACACCUUUCUUUGUAACUAUGAUUUGAGUGACAUGCCAUCUGGUACCAAGACAUUUCUGCGCCAAAAGGUCACUCUGGCCUCAUCUAGAUCGACUUCUGUACCAGGGAAUGGAGGACAAAGAGUUCCUCACAUGAAAAAUGAUGUCAAGCCAUCUUUAAUCUCAAACACCAGUCAUUCUUUACCAAGCAGGGAUUUUUCAAAUUCAAAUGGAAUUGAUGCUGCACAUACAAUAAGAUCUACAAGCCAGGGUGUGGAAAUGAUAGAAACUGCAGUUCCGGACUACACUGGGGAUCAUGUCCAUCGAUCCCAAAGUAACGAAGAGGGAGGCUCACCAGCCUUGCAUUUUAGCAAACUCAACAGUAGUGAAUACCUAAAGACCAGUAGGCUGAACAAUGCUCCAUUGAAUACAUGCCAUGUAACUGAAAGCAAAUCUGUACAUAGCCCUUCAAAGGUCAAUGAGAACACAACUGGUGCUGGUGUUCUGCGUUAUGCUCUUCAUCUCCGGUUUUUAUGCACACCUCCUAAGAAAUGUGUGAGGUCAAUCCAGAGGUGCAAAUCCGAUCCUUUAUCUGUACCAACAAGAGACAAUAUGGACAUUGAUGGGGAGCGACGCUUCUACUUGUAUAAUGAUCUAAGGGUGGUAUUCCCUCAACGCCAUUCGGAUGCUGAUGAGGGAAAGCUACAAGUGGAAUAUGAUUUUCCUUCAGAUCCAAAAUACUUUGACAUCAGCAACUAGAAGGCCCAGGUGAUCUCAGAAUCUGGUUGUGUCUGUACAUUUGUAUGUAAGAAAUAAAAUGUAAUUUUUUGUUCAUCACAUCACUUACUGGGGCAAUAACCCCAUUUCACCUGUAGAGAUUUCCAUUUUCAAUAAAUUAGAUGAUUCUGUUCAGCCA